UAGAGUAAACGCGACAAGUUUUAAGGAGCAAUCAGGACAAGGAAGAAUGAAUUCUUUGAGUGUAUUAUGUGCAGUGGCCUUUUUAGGGGCUACUGCUUAUGGCUUGCCUCCAACAGAGAUGCGUUCGAAUAUUGUGAAUAGCAGUUUGAAACCUUCACAAUGGUUGACUACCAGCGAAUUGGAAGAUAUUCCUGCUUUAGAUGAGGUUUCACUGGAGAAAUUGGAACAAAUGCCACUUGAAAAAGGAGCUACAUUAAUGCAGAAAUUGUAUCAUAUUUCCCAAAUCAACUAUCAAUUGGCUCCUAGUUUUGUACCCAGUCCCUCUAAUAUUCCCGUUUAUAUUGUCAAAAGUAAUGGCAAAAAGGAAUUAGCCAAUUUGAAUAACUUUGUCGAAGUGGCCAAACAGGACACAAGUUUUGGCGAUGAAGAAGUUACCGUUAUUAUUACUGGUCUACCCUCAACCACUGAUACUGUCAAGAAGGCCAAUCGUAAGCUGAUCGAGGCUUAUAUUGAGCGUUACAAUCGUAAACAACAGAAACCCGAAAACACCAAAUAUUCUGCUGAACAAACCGGCCCUCGUACUUCCAGCGAAGAGACCUCUUCGGAAUGGCAGAACCAAAAGUCAACCAGUGGAAAUUUAAUUGUUAUCGAUUUGGGUCAGACUCUCAGUAAUGUUCAACGUUUGGCCAUGUUGAAUGUAGAUGAAACAGGUGCUAUGAUUGGCAAAGCUUUGGUCCAGCUAACCAAUGACUGUGAUGUGCCUCAGGAAAUUAUCCAUGUUGUAGCUCAAGGUGUUGCUGCUCAUGUUGCUGGUGCUGCUGGAGAUGAAUAUACCCGCUUGACUGGCCAUCAAUUGCGUCGUAUUACCGCUUUGGAUCCCUCCAAAAUUUUGGCCAAAGACCCUAAAGUUUUAACCGGUUUGGCCCGUGGCGAUGCUGAAUUUGUUGAUGCUAUCCACACUUCCACCUAUGGUAUGGGUACCUUGACUCGUGUCGGCGAUAUUGAUUUCUUCCCUAAUGGUCCUAGUGUUGCUGUUCCCGGUGCUGAUAAUGUUGUUGAAGCUACCAUGCGUGCUACCCGUUAUUUUGCUGAAACUGUACGCCCUGGUAAUGAACGCAACUUCCCCGCUGUCGAAGCCAAUUCCAUGAAACAAUAUAAGAACAAUAAUGGUUUCGGUAAACGUGCCUUUAUGGGUAUUGCUACCGAUUUCGAUCUCAGAGGUGAUUAUAUUUUACAAGUCAACGAUAAGAGUCCUUUCGGUAUGAGAGCUCCUGCCCAAAAACAAAUCACCUAUCAUGGUGUCCAUGAUGCCUGGCGUCAGGGUAGAGAUGAAUAAAAAGUAUUUGUAAUGUGAUCAGCAUUAGUGGACAUUGUAUUGCUUGGAAUAAUAGACAUGAACUGUGAACUAAUGCAUCUAUGGUAUUUCAAAAUUUUGUAGUAGUACUUAGUUAAAAUAAAGCACUUUUUUCUAAA